ACAAACAGAGACACCUGUACACACACACAGACAUGCACAUACAUACACACACAGAAACAUGUACACACACGCACAGAGACACAUGUACACACACACCCAUACAGACACAUGUAUACACACACACACAGACAUGUACAGACACGCACAUGUACAUACAUACACAGACACAUGUACACACACACACACAGACACAUGUACACACACACAUACAUGUACACAAACACACACACCCCUAUAAAAGUUGCAGAACUUCAUUGUUCACUCACAGAGCCGGGUACUGCACUCUAGGGGGAGGCAGAGAGCACAGCACACACUCCUUCCUUUGCUUUCACUGCGCUCAGCUAUUGAGCAGUCUGACGGCUCCCAGUGCCAAUGACAGAUCAGGCCUGAGAUCCGAGCUGCUCAGCAAGACGGCCCUGGGGGACACACUCGCCCCCACCAUAAUUUCCAGUCACCAUUGACGAGCAGGCGAGUGGAAAUUUCAAGCCUUGAUCUA